GUGGGCUUCGGUCCUGAGUCCUGGCUCCUCAUGAAUAUGAAGUGAAGGGCUCUGACCCAGAAAGUGGCUCGGGGCAGGGAGAGAUGGGGUCCCGGAAAUGUGGGAGCUGCCUCAGUGGCCUGCUGAUCCCCCUGGCAGUCUGGAGCAUCAUCGUGAACAUCUUGCUGUACUUCCCCAACGGGCAGACUUCCUACGCCUCCAGCAAUAAGCUCUCCAACUACGUGUGGUACUUCGAGGGCAUCUGCUUCUCGGGGAUCAUGAUGCUGCUGGUGGCCGCAGCCCUGCUGGUCCUGGAGAGCGAGCACAGCCACGGAUGUUGCCAGGGUGAGAACUGCGGCAAAAAGUACCUGACACUGCUGUCAAUGAUCUUCUCUGUCCUUGGCAUUGCUUUCUCUGGAUACUGCCUGGCGAUUUCGGCUCUGGGCCUCGUCCAAGGCCCCUACUGCCGCACCCUCGGUGGCUGGGAGUACGCCUUCGAAGGCACUGCAGGACGUUUCCUCACAGAUUCCAGCAUGUGGAGUCAAUGCCUUGAACCCGCGCACGUGGUGGAAUGGAACAUCAUUCUGUUCUCCAUCCUCAUAGUGCUCAGCGGGCUCCAGGUGACCGUCUGCCUCGUCAGAGUAGUCGUUCAGUUAUCCAAGAUAUUGUGUGGGACCUAUUCAGUCAUCAUCCAGCCUGGAAUCAUUUGAAUAAGGACAAGAACCGUUUUCCAUUAUCAAGUUAAGGUCAUCUAUCUAAGUCUCGAGGGCAAUAUCCAAAUGGUAUCUUCAGCAUUUGGUAUUUAUUGUCAUCAUUUGUGAAAUUUACAGUUCUCACUGGAAGUGCAAAUUAUGCCACACUUUUAUUUAGAAUUGUUUUCUAAGUAAUAUGGG